UCUUUGCCUCGCUGCUGUCCUGCCCCGCUGUCACACGCGACCUGGGGCUCCUCCAGCUCGGCAGCAGCACCGGGAGCAGCCGGGAUGGGGGCGAGGGGCUGCCUGGGGUCGCUGCUGCUGCUGCUGCUGCUGCUGCCGCCCCUCCUUUGGGCUGAGCACCGGGGCGAGGGGUCCGGCGUGGCCAGCGCGGGCUCGGAGUCACUGGCCAGGGCGGUGGCGGGUGCUGGUGAGGACGGGACCUUCCUCCAGCCGUCCAUCAUCGGGGGACACGCGGCCAAACCCCACUCGCGGCCGUACAUGGUGCUCCUCCUGCUCCCGAAGGGUCAGGCCUGCGGGGCAGCGCUGGUGCACCGGCGCUGGGCGCUGUCGGCCGCGCACUGCGUGGAUGGGAAGCCGUGGCAGGAAGGGACGCUGCUGGUGGGGCUGCACAACUGGCGGGAUCGCGAGCCGGGCGCGCAGAGAUUCGGCAUCCGGGCUGCCUGUCCCCACCCCGGCUAUGACAACGGCACGAUGGAGAACGACCUGCUGCUGCUCCAGCUGGACAGGAAGGUGACACUGAGCAGGACACGGCGGCUGAUCUCGCUGCCGAGGAAGGAGCCGGCGGCGGGGGCGCGGUGCAGCCUGGCGGGAUGGGGGGUCCAGGUCCCCAAGCGGGGGAAGCUGUCACCCACCCUGCAGGAGAUGGAGGUGACGGUGAUGGACACGCGGAUGUGCAACAACAGCCGCUUCUGGAGCGGUGGAAUCCGCCCCGCCAUGAUCUGCUUCCAGGGGCUGCGCCGCGGCUCGGCGCCCGCCAAGGGAGACUCGGGGGGCCCCUUGGUGUGCGGGAAGCGGCCGGCGGUGGCCGGAGUGAUGUCCUUCAGUAGCCCGAACCCCACUGACCCUUUCAAGCCGCCCGUGGCCACCUCGACCGUGAAGUACAAGAAAUGGAUCCAGAAAACGCUGCGGAAGGGCUGCGGCUCCGGCCGGCCCGAACACACGGGACGGACCAAACACCCCUUCCUAUAUACACAGAGCAGCCCCCAGCCUGGUGACAGCACCCUGGAAUGAUCUCAUCCUGACCUCGGCCACCCCCACGAGCCCUGCCUGGCUCCUCCUGCACCAUUUCCACCUGCCACCACCUCUGACCAGCAAUCGGGACCCUCCAGCAGCACAAACGGGGUCCUGGUCCCCAUCUCCCCCUGCAAAGCCUCUCCCCUGCGUUCCUUCUGUUAAUAAAUGAGCUGCCGUCGUUGGCAGAGCCAGAGUUGAUGGCAGACAAGCA